AUGUCUACCACCAAACUCUCACAACCACACGAUAUAUUUCUCAUCAAUGAGCUACUGGAGAACAUUCUUCUACAUACAGAUAUGAGAACUCUAUUAACAUCUGCUCAACGCGUAUCUCGUGUUUGGAACACCAUGAUCAAAAGAUCAGUGAGACUCCAAGAGUCACUCUUCUUCAAACCCUCCAAAUUCGAAAUCUCGGAUCCCUCACAGCGCCUUCGAAAUCCGCUCCUAGAAGAUGUCCUCUGGGCUCAAUUCUUCCUCAAGCAACAACGAACUCCAGAGUCGAAAACUACCGAAAUAAGCAGAUUUCCGCUGGGGGAACCUGAGCGUCGAAAGCUCAAGUUCUACCUACGAAAAGAUGCCAGUUGGAAAAGAAUGCUUCUUCAACAACCACCGACAUCAUCAAUCGGAGUCCUUGAAAUCAUCAAAAAAUCAGACUCAGAAUUUACCAAGUUAUCUAUCAGCCCAAACGAGUCCCUCCGGAUGGGUCACAUCAUGACUCUUCUGGAAAGAGGCAGUACGCUGAUUCCAACGCGCAAUAAAUGGAUACUGUGGAGCGGACGAUCCCGUAUAAUGCCCUUAAACUUCGAAUGCUGGACGCCCAAAUGGGUCUACGAACCAAGUACCCUACGACCAGUCCAGGAAUGGAUUCCGGAAAAUAUAGACUGGGAUAGUCUCCGGCUGGAGGUGGCAUCGAUGUAUAUGAAUGAUUUCGAUUGUGGUGUGGUGAUUGUAUCUGAGCGGAGACAGAUGCUUUUCCAGGGCGAGGAUCGAGUGCACAGGGAGAGCAAACUUGAUCGUCGGUUGGGGAAGGCAUUUGGGAGAUGUCAGGUGGAGGUUGGAAGGAAACAUAUAAAUCACUCUUGGAUUCCGAUCAAAGGUGUUGGUGCUGAUCGGAGAUGGAUCCUCAGGCCCUGUUCUGCUACUCCUCUUGUUCCAACGCUAUGUGACUCGUCCGAGGCUUCAGAUUCGUCUUCUAUGUCUUCAUUCUCUUUGUCUCUAUAA